UACGGACGCAGUUGUGAUUGUGAAUUUAGGUGCUGCUCUAUCUGCGGGUUUACGCUUCUUCGUUUCGCAAAAUGGCGUAGUACUGACUCCGGGCAAUAACAAUGGGUUGCUUUCUACCUCAUUUUUCGCGCGAAUCGUAGAUAGAAUGACAGGCGAGGAAAUCUUCACAGCAAGCGGAGAAGUAGAC